AUGUCGGUUUAUCCGCCGACACCUUCAAUGUCCAUGAUUCCUGGUGAGUUUUUUUCUGAGGGGAAAAAUGCGGGAAAUUUGGUAUUUUUUGUCGAGAAGUUUUUUGUCCACAGUUGUAAUAUUGAAAUAGCAAAAAAUUUAUUUUGAAAAAUCAAUUCUUGAUUUUUUGAAACGUAUAUUUUUUGGUUUAUUUUUUAUUUGAAAUAUGUCUUGAAAAUAUUGUAAAUGUAUCAGAAAAUCCUAAUUUAGAAUGAUUUUCUGAGAAAAAAUCGGAUUUUGCGUGAAAGUUAGCUCAAAAGCCUUUUUUGAUAUAAGAAAGACCUAAAAUUAUCAGAAAUAGCCUAAUUUUGUAUAAAAAUCACCUAAAACUACCUUAGAGCCCCUAAAUCAGCCCAGAAACAUUUAAAAUUGUUAGAAAACCUGAUUUUCGGCCCAAAAAAUUACCCAAAACCCCCCGAAACCUCUUAAAAUUUUCCAGGCGGAGCUGAUAAACGAAGAGCCAAACGUCCACCAAAUGUGGGUUCACGUGAAUUGACGAAUCAAGAAAAUGAGAUGCUUUUCUCAUUGGUCGGACCUGAUUGUGUUUCGCUGACUGCUGCCGUUGUUCAAUUAUUGAAAUCUGAUAGAGGAACUUGGAGAGUUGAUUUGCCACACGGUGUUGUUAGUUUGGUUAAGGUGAGUUGGAAAAUUUAAUUAAAACCAUGAAUUUUUGCUGAAAACUGACCUGAAAUUCAUUAAAUUCGAUGAAAAAUGACCUGAAAACAUUGAUUUUUGCUCAAAUUUCAUCCCAAAUUUAAUUUCAGGAUUAUCAACAACGCGCCUAUUGUCUUCGGAUUUAUGAUAUUUUAGAUGAACGGAUUCUAUGGGAUUUUAGACUGUGAGUUUUCUUUUUGAGAUCAAAAUGAGCCUGAAUUUAAAUUUUGAAAUUUUAAAUUUCGGUCCAUUGUGUAGCCCUUCAAAAUUUCUACAAACUUAACCUAAAUUUAAUUUUUGGCUGAAAUUUUUUGCUCAAAAUUCAACAGUGUUUGAGCUCAUUUCAUAGCCCUUGAAAUUGCUUACAAAAUGAGCCUGAAAUUAAAUUUUUCCUGAAUUUUUUGCUCAAAAUUCAACUUUGAGCUCAUUUUGUAGCUCUUGAAAUUCUCUACAAAACGAAUCUAAAUUUAAUUUUUCGACAAAUCUAAUUUUUGGCUGAAAAUUCAAAACUUAAAAAAAAUAUGCUUCAGCUCAUUUUUUAGCCCUUGAAAUUCCCUUCAAAAUUAACCCAAAUUUAUUUUUGGAAAUUCAACUUUGGGCUCGUUUGUAGCCCUUGAAUUUGUCUACAAAAUGAGCCUAAAUUUAAAUUUUUAAAAAUCUACAUUUUGGCUGAAAUUUACAGAAUUCAAAAUUUAUUUUAUGUUCAUCUUGUAGCCCUUGAAAAUAUCUACAAAAUGAGUCUAAAUUUAAUUUUCAAAAAUUCAACUUUGGGUUCAUUUUGUAGCCCUUAAAAAUCUACAAACUUAACCUAACUCCAAUGUUUUUCCAGUUACAAAGGCUUCCGUGUUCAAAACUUUGCCCAAUGUCACAAAUUGUUGGCUUUCGAACAAUCCGAAUCGGCUGAUGGCUCGAUUUACGGCCUCAAUUUUCAUUCAGCAGACGAAUCGGCUGAAUUCAAAGAGCAUUUGGAUCGAAGACAUGCGCAGGAGCGAAAAUCGUCGACGCAGAAUCGACCACCACAACCGCCACCAAUGAUUUAUGGUGAGGAAUUUUGA